CCUUUCCCAAAAACCCUAAUUUCAAGGAUCAAAUCAAAUACGAACUAACCGAUCAUUCAUACCGAUUAUAUAAUUAACAAAAAUGGUGUCGGCGGACAAGGACAUGGUGGCUUACUGCUUCGAUACUCUCCUCGCUCACUACAGCACCGAACAACCUCCUCCCCCACCCUUCGACGACGGCCAGCAUCCAUUGUUCGUUACUUGGAAGAAAGUGGUGAAUGGUGGUGAGCCUCGUUUGCGUGGAUGCAUAGGAACACUAGAACCUCGGGGCCUGAUUAAUGGAUUCAGGGAUUACGCUCUAACCAGUGCUUUGAAGGACCGGAGGUUUUCCCCAAUACAAGCUAAGGAGAUACCUCAUUUGGAAUGCACAGUUUCCAUUCUGACGGAUUAUGAAACUGCUAGCCACUAUCUUGAUUGGGAGAUUGGGAAACAUGGUAUAAUUAUUGAGUUUACUGAUCCUGACUAUAAUACAAGGCGCAGUGCCACGUACUUGCCUGAGGUUGCUGCCCAUGAAGGUUGGACAAAAACAGAAGCAAUUGACUCAUUGAUGCGGAAAUCUGGUUAUAAUGGCAGCAUCACUGAGCUGCUUCGGAAGAGUAUUCGAUUGACCCGCUACCAGAGCUCAUUGUGUACCAUGGACCACAACGACUAUGUUUCCUACGUCAAGGAAACUAGAGGCGGAGCUCCGACUCUUGUCGGAGCUAUAUCUGGCAGUCGUUGACCAACUAUGAACUACGCUAAAAGAAAGCAUUUGGUUUGGAGGGGUGGAUUUGUUUGUUGUUCCAUAACCAUUGCAGACUCCAAUAAUGGUGACAAUUAUCAUUCUUCAGAUUCUUCGAUUUUUGAAGAAAGAAAUCAGACACUUGAACUCAGCUUCUCCCGAAUGCUAUGUUGUACUUUUAUAAACUUGUAACUCAAUUUCCCAAAAAUUAGUACAUAUUGCAUGUAUAAUUUUAU